AUGUUGCUCGUUGGAGCAAAGUUCGCCGAGAUAGUCAAGAUUGGUGAUACUAUUGAAGACAGUUUGAAAUCAGGGAAGAUAGCCCGUGUAGCCGCAUCACCUAGAUCUUCAAGGUUGUUGAAGAAGAAAAGAGAAGAAGUUGCUGCUGUUUCAUAUGGGGGAAGGAAAACCCCCAGAAGCUUGUCGCAUUCCCAAGGUCGUUCCAGGCCUUCCCCAAAGUCCUACCAAGCUUACUACACGCAAUCCAGUCAUCCCAAUAACCAUAAUACUACCCCCACUUAUCCAAACGCCCAAGCUCCACUGUACCAAAGUCCACCCCUCAAUUACCAAAGUCCAUCUCCCAUUUACCCAAAUUACCCUCCACCUUAUCAAAUCCCAUCUCCCUACAAGGGUAUUGCUCCCAACUGUGCUAAUGUACAGUCGAGAUAUCGAUCACCCCCUCCUAUUUAUCAAGUCCAAGCUCCACUAUAUCAAAAUCCCCUUCCGAAUUACCAAGCUCCAUCGCCAAAUUACUAA